CACUUUAUUUUUUGUCAGUACAUUGUGAACACUGAAGGAAAAUGGACAUAUUAGAAAAUCCACAUUACAUUUUUGCUAAAUAUAUAAUAAUAGUAUCAGGACAAAGUCAAUAUCAUCCAAAGUGGUUAAAAUUUUUGAUAAAAUUUACCAUUUUCAUAACCCUAUUUUCUUGUCAAUGUGGACUGUAUGCAGGAAUGAUGAAAGCAUUUGGUAAUAUUGAUUCAAUGUUGGAAACCAUACCACCAAUAUGUUACGGUUUAAUAAGUAUUACUAUUUUAAUAAACAACAAUCUUCAAGAACAACAAAUGAAAUUAAUUUUCUCAAAAAUCGAAAGUGACUGGAAAACAUUAACAUCAAAACAUGAAAUCGAUGUUUUACAUAAAUAUGGCAAAAAAUCAAAAUUUUUUAAUACGGUUUACAUGGUUGGAUUUUUUGGACAUUGUACAAUUUAUUUAUUUUCAAAUUCUCUUUUGGUUAUCAUUGGUUUUUUCCAAAAUAGUAAUGAACAUAGACCAAUUUUAUUUCCAUUUUAUUUUGGUAUAGACACAGAAAAAUAUUAUCAUUUGAUACUAUUAUAUAGUCAUGUAUGUGCAUACUUUGGUACUAUUUUAAAUGCAAAUGGAGCUAUGAUUUUUUCAAUUCUAAUUGAACAUGCUUGUGGAAUAUUUGAAAUUAUAGGACAUAAAUUGACAACUUCUAUAAUGAAAAGUGGAGAUUACAGUAGUAAACAAAGUUUUAAGAGAAACCUUCAGCAAGAAAUAAUACUUUGUGUUAAAAUGCAUAAAAAGGUUCUAUUAUUUGUUAAUGAUAUAGAGAAGCUAUUUUCAACUGCAUAUUUAUUAAUAUUUGGACUCUGUAUAAUUGAUUUAAGUGUCACGGGAGUUCAGUCAGUGAUGUAUAUACAUAAUGUCAAGGAAGCCGCAAGAUUUGGAUUUUACGCAGUUGCACAAGUAUUUCACAUUUUUCUUUUAACUCUUCCAACUCAGCAUUUAAUGGAUAAAAGCCUUUGCAUUUCUGACUGCAUGUACAAAUACAAUGCAAAUUGGUAUCAUCUGUCAUCGGAAAAUCAAAAGUUGUUACUUAUCAUCAUGAGAAAAGGCGCUGAACCUGCAAAAUUUGUUGUUGGUAGAAUAUUUACACUCUCCUUGCAAUUUUUUACAAAGGUUCUUCAAACAUCAAUGUCCUAUUUCACUGUAUUGAUGGCUGUGCGACGAUAAAGUAAAAUCUGUUUUUAUCUUCUGCGAAAUUAUUUGAUUAGUUCUUUUUAAACGUUCAGCGAUAAACAAAGGAAUUUAAAUAUUAAAAUGAAUUAAAAAAAUUAAUACUAUAAACAAUUUAUGUAUCAUUUCGUAG